UGAGGGCAGCAGUAACGUUUGAAAGAGACAGGACUGGAGCUGCAGAUCAUCCUCUCUCGGUGACUGUGUGUGUGUAGUGACAGAAUAGACCCACAGAGAAAUGGAGAUCACCCACACUGUGCAGGUCCUGGUCCGGUCGCUGCUGCUGCUGCUGCUCUGCUCGAGCUGUGACGGCAGCGAGUCGGAGCUGAACUACGUGACGUGUGGCUCCCUGGUCAAACUGCUCAACACCAGACACAACGUCCGCCUGCACUCACACGACGUCAAGUAUGGCUCAGGCAGUGGACAGCAGUCUGUAACUGGCGUGGAAAACGCAGACGAUGCCAACAGUUAUUGGCAGAUUCGUGGGAAGCCAAACCGUCCAUGUCAGCGCGGUGUGGCCGUCAGGUGUGGUGAGUCCAUCCGCAUCACCCACAUGAAGACCGGUCGAAACCUCCACACCCACCACUUCAGCUCACCCCUGUCUAAUAACCAGGAGGUCAGUGCCUUUGGAGAGAACGGCGAAGGUGACAACCUGGAUUUGUGGACAGUGCAGUGCGAUGCCGUCCACUGGGAGCGUGACGACACUGUGCGCUUCAAACACGUGGGCACCGAUGUCUUCCUGAGCGUGACAGGCGAGCAGUUUGGCCAUCCCAUCCGCGGCCAGCGGGAGGUGCAUGGCAUGAGCUCCUCCAACCAGCACAACUGGUGGCGCGCAAUGGAGGGCGUGUUCAUUCAGCCCAGCCAGGAGCUAAUACGCCACGAUGAGCUCUGACCUCAUCACGGCAUGGACAUGUGUGUGGGUGUUUGUGCACAGUCUGUGGAUGCCUGUGGCUGUGGUGGUUUUAUAGUUCACCUGGACCAAAUGCUGUUAUGUGUGAAUGAUGUCGGAUAUUUGAAUGACUCGUCUCUGUACACGUGAAGCACUCCGGGUGUUCUGAGGCAAAGUGCAGGAGAGAUGUUGUUUUCCCUAAAAGUUUGAAGAUCACUGAUAUUGUGUAGUGCAGCCGUAUGGUUUAUUUAUUCUUCAGUUUUCUCCUCAGAGGAAUUCAUAGUAGAGAAAAUCAAGGCUGGGUAACUGGACAUAGCGACUAUUGAAUCUGAAAUGGUGAGAGGCCCUGUGUCAAAUAAAACUUAAAUAUGAAGAUA